CGGCGGGGCGACCCGUUAGCUGGCGGGCGCUCGCUGUCCCUUGCGCGGACAGGGAGGAAGGGGUGGCCAGGGCACGAUGGGCCCCGCGGAGGAGGAGGUCGCGCGGGGAGCAGACACCUUGCUGCCGGGUCCGAAAGCUCCUUAGACACCCUUCCUGGAGGGAACCGCAGUCCGCAGGCCAGGGCUCUGUCUCCGGGCUCGCGUUUCGGGGCUCCUCGGCUCCCGAACCCAUUCGCGCGGGUUGUGCGUGGCUAGGGUGCAAGUCCAGAUUUUCGUGUCAAACUGGGGUUAUGAGCCGUUUACGAGUCACUUGGACGAUAGUAAGGCCUGAUCAUUCUGAAAGUGUCUGUGGUGUGAAGUCACCUGAUCCUUGGCUCCCUGGUUUUGCUGAAUGUGAGCUCCUACUGUACGUGUACCAGGAGCGCCCCUGCCCCCUCGAAGACGCAGUUGCGUUGGCAGCGCAGUGUUGUGUAUCCCUCUCACUCAUAACACCCCUAUUUAUAGGAGUUUAGCAUUUGAUCUCUCACUGUGGUGCGAAUUGAUCGCAUGAAAUCCUGAUUAAAAUUUUGAUGGUACUUAAGAAAGGCAUAAAGUUUUUUCAAAGGCUUAUAAAUAGUAAAAGCCUACGAUUUGGUGAGAAUUAUGAAGAUGAUGACCUAGUAAAUUCUGAUGAGGUUAUGAAGAAACCAUGUCCAGUACAGAUUGUUCUUGCUCAUGAAGAUGACCAUAACUUUGAACUUGAUGAAGAAGCUUUGGAGCAGAUAUUGCUACAGGAGCACAUACGAGAUCUUAACAUAGUAGUGGUAUCUGUGGCAGGAGCUUUUCGUAAAGGGAAGUCAUUUCUACUGGACUUCAUGCUUAGAUACAUGUAUAACAAGGAUUCUCAAAGUUGGAUUGGUGGAAACAAUGAACCAUUGACAGGCUUUACAUGGCGAGGUGGCUGCGAAAGAGAAACAACAGGCAUACAAGUUUGGAAUGAAGUAUUUGUGAUUGACAGACCUAAUGGAACUAAAGUUGCUGUGCUACUUAUGGAUACCCAGGGUGCCUUUGAUAGCCAGUCAACUAUCAAAGACUGUGCAACGGUGUUUGCUCUGAGCACUAUGACUAGCUCUGUCCAGGUAUAUAAUCUGUCUCAGAAUAUUCAAGAAGAUGAUCUUCAACAUUUGCAAUUAUUUACAGAGUAUGGAAGACUUGCGAUGGAAGAAAUCUACCAGAAACCAUUUCAGACAUUAAUGUUUUUGAUUCGAGAUUGGAGCUAUCCUUAUGAACAUUCAUAUGGUUUGGAAGGUGGAAAGCAAUUUCUUGAAAAGAGAUUACAGGUAAAACAAAAUCAACAUGAAGAGCUUCAGAAUGUAAGGAAGCACAUACACAAUUGUUUCUCAAAUCUUGGUUGCUUCCUUUUGCCACAUCCUGGUCUUAAAGUUGCAACUAAUCCUAGUUUUGAUGGGAGAUUGAAAGAUAUUGAUGAAGACUUUAAACGAGAGCUUCGAAAUCUGGUUCCAUUGCUGCUUGCCCCUGAAAAUUUGGUAGAAAAAGAGAUAAGUGGAUCUAAAGUCACUUGUAGAGAUCUUGUAGAAUAUUUUAAGGCUUACAUCAAAAUCUAUCAAGGAGAAGAACUUCCACAUCCAAAGUCCAUGCUUCAGGCAACAGCUGAAGCUAAUAAUCUUGCUGCAGUAGCAGGAGCAAGAGAUACCUAUUGUAAAAGUAUGGAACAGGUAUGUGGAGGAGACAAGCCUUACAUUGCGCCUUCAGAUCUGGAGCGAAAACACUUGGAUCUCAAGGAAGUGGCGAUAAAACAGUUUCGUUCAGUAAAAAAGAUGGGUGGAGAUGAGUUCUGCCGUCGUUAUCAGGACCAGCUUGAAGCUGAAAUUGAAGAAACCUAUGCAAAUUUUAUAAAGCACAAUGAUGGCAAAAAUAUCUUCUAUGCUGCUCGUACCCCAGCCACACUGUUUGCGGUCAUGUUUGCUAUGUAUAUAAUCUCAGGACUGACUGGCUUCAUUGGCCUAAACUCUAUAGCUGUCUUGUGUAACCUUGUCAUGGGGUUAGCACUGAUAUUUCUUUGUACUUGGGCAUAUGUUAAAUACUCUGGGGAGUUCAGAGAAAUUGGAACAAUGAUUGAUCAGAUUGCUGAAACACUGUGGGAACAGAGGAGUCCCAGGAAGGUGUUUUCCAAACUGUUUGAAGUUACUAGACGUCGAAUGGUUCACCGUGCUCUUUCAUCAGCACAGCAACAGAGACUGUCAUCCAACAAUAACAAGAAGAAAAAUUAGACAGUAUUUUUAACCUUUUUCUCUAUCUGAAGUGUUCACACUUACACAUGUAGGACAAUAAGCAGGACCGUCUGGGCCGGUCUGCAUAAAUGCUGUAUACAUACCAGAUUUGAUGCUGCAUAUAGGGUAUGGAAUUGCACAUCCAUCUCAUAGGAAUUGUAAAUGGUUUGAAUAAGAGGAAAGUAAUUUUUGUUGCGUUAUAAAAUGUCUAGUAGCAUCAUAAGUUUUUUUGAGAGAAGCAUCUUUUUAUUUCCCAUAUUCCUGGUUAUUUUCAUCAUUGCUUUGAAUUGAAUUUUUAUAUCUAUUUUUAUAUGUAACUCUUUUUUUACCUCAUGUUUUUGUUUGUUUUGCACAUUUCUCAUACCACAGGUAUUGAAGCCCCUGGGUGAUAAUUUGAUGGAGGAAAACAUAAGGCAGUCUGUAACAAACUCUAUCAAAGCAGGCCUGACUGACCAGGUGUCUCAUCAUGCCAGAUUAAAGACAGACUGACAGUUCAUCUCCUCACGGACUCCACUCUUUUUUUUUCAUGCUUGCUGUACAAUGAGAACUCAAAUAAAAAUAAACCAAAGUUUACAAUCAACUGUAGAAGUAGUUUAGUGUAACUGGCUUCACAGAUGGCUGCCACAGAGUGUGAAGAUUGUUUGUUAGUUUUAAGCAUUCUUUUAAUGGCUCCUAAGACAUAUGCAGAUGGACUGAGGAGCAUUGGUUAAUCAUGCACCUUUGUGCCAUGUUUAAUUCUUUUAUUCUUUUUACUUAAUCUAAUGUUAGUGAAUUUGUCUUAUGUAAAAGGAUAUUUCAGGGAAAUAUUUUCAGAAAUCUAUUUAGAGUCUCUUUAACACAGUGUCCCAUUGAAAUUUUAAUUUUUAGAGAAUUUAUGAAUCACUGUUUCAAGAACCAGAUUGGAAAGACAAUGAAGCCUUUAUUGAGCCACUACAUUAAAAGUAUAUAUUGCUUUACUGCCUUCAAUACCAGUAUUACAUAAAUGCAUGUAUCAGAAACUUCACAGAAAUUACAUGACAACUCUUGUAGCUAAGAAAGUAAUUCUGAGGUGUACAUUUGUCUUGCCUUUUUAAAUUUAUAAACUUGCCCUAAAAGGAGAUGCAUAUCUGGGAAACUGAACUGUCUUUUUGCAGUUUAGCCUUCAUGUACAUAAAAUAUGCCAUUAAUUUUAUUGGGGAAGAAAUUCCAUCCAAAAAUGUUGCCUACAGCUAUGAGUUAAGAGUGUCUGUACAGUGUGUAGCUUUUAUUUUCUAAAAUCACAGAUAGGGCAUGUAUAUGACUUAUAAAUAUAUAAAUACAAUUUUGUAUUAAAAGUUUUGUAGUUUAUGGCAAAAUCUGGUCCUGUGGUAGGCUAAAUAAGUACAGUCCCUGUGAAAGGAAUGUUUGUGGCUCAUGUCAGUGUGUGAAUGCAUAGAUAAUUUGAAGUUUUUGAUAUAUUUGUGAUAUUUAUCUUGAGCACUGCAAUCUCACCCCCCCCCCACCAAGGGAAUUCAAUGGGAAUGUUUAUUGUGACUUUGUCCUCUGUUGCAUUUUAAAGUUAUUUCCUGUAAUUUAUUUUCAGUACAUAAUUAAAAAUUUGUUGUAUAUAUAAAA